CGUCCCCUCAUAUCAUCUUAUUUCCCUCCCAAGUCAAACCCUCUCCAACCCCCACUCCUUUUCUCCUCCUCCUCCUCCUCCUCCUCCUCCUCUUCAACACAUCAAUACAACUCAAACCUAGUUAACGAUUAAAAAAUAAAAACAAUAACACAACUAAAAUGGUAGCUACAUUGCAGCAGCAGCAGCAGCAGCAGCAGCAAGAGGAAGAGGGUGGUGGUGAUGGUGGGAUCAGCAUAAACAACAACGUGGACCUGCUGGCGGAGAUCCUGGGCCGGCUGGACGCGCGAUCCCUGGCGGUGGCCGCCCGCGUCUGCCGCCUCUGGGCUGCCGUCACCCGCCGCCGCAUGCCCUCACCCUCCCCCUCCCCUGCCACCCGCUCCGUCGUCACCGCCCUCGGCGGGUAUCGCCGCCUCUACCGCCGUUGCCUCGGCCCGGCCCUAGACCGGCUCGACGGGCGGCGAACCGCGCUGAACCGGUGGGCCGGUGAGCCGUGGCCCAUUCAUUUGGACCGGGCCGAGGCCCAGGCCCAGUUGUCGGUCUCGCUCUCGCUCUUCCUCUCGCUCUUCUCCAUCGACUGCUAUGAGCGGCUCGGCCCGGCACGGCAACGGCCGGCAUCACUGCUGUUCCUGUGCAGGCCCGUCGACUUAGCGAGAUCUGGGCCGUAGAAAUUAGAGUUGGGCCUUUUCCUCGGGAUUGGUGCACUGGGCUUCUCUAUUUUCAUUUGCUGAGCAUUAUUAAGUAGUAUUAUAUCUGCUAGUAUAAUAAUAAUAAUAAAUAUUAAGAG